GACGACAGGCUUGUGACGUCCAAGCUUACGCGCUGCAUAAAAAAUCAAAUUUGGGCCAUCAUUGAGAUGAGGCCCAUUAUUUGCGUGGAAUUGGUCAUAUCAUAAAUCAAGAAGCCCACCCUCCACACAUGCGCCACACACGCACCGUAUUUGAUUUAGAAAGGCUGGCUCACGCGCCCACAAGUAUAAAUACCAAAUCAUAUUUCUUUCGCACCCCCUCCAAAUCCUGGUUUUCUGGAUUUCUUCUUCCCAGCUAUACUCGGACUCGAAAAUGAAAAGCAAUGGGACUAAAAUGCACUCGCAUUCCGGCGGUUUACCCAACGACCACGAGCACGCUAUCAUUGUCUCCGCCCUGAAACGGGUAAUCCGCGGUGGCGUUGGCACAAACAAUGCACCCUCCCAGCCACCGACGCCGCCGACGCAGCUCCCAGAAACGGGUGGCACCAAUCAAGUUGUGAUACCAUUUUCGGAUUGUGAUGACACGUGUCAGGUAUGUAAUAUGGAGACGGAUCAUUGCCUUGGCUGUGGUAUGUUCCCGCCAAGCGAGCAAGACAAAGGUAAAAAGGUGAAGACGAGCAAGUACAGGGGAGUGCGGCAGAGACCAGGAGGAAAAUGGGCGGCGGAGAUUCGGGACCCCCGUCGCGCGGUUCGGGUUUGGCUCGGGACUUUCCAGACGGAGGAGGAGGCAGCCAGGGCUUAUGACACGAAGGCCGUGGAAUUUCGCGGAGCUGACAGAGCCAAGCUAAACUUCCCGCCAUCCUCGGACACUGGUACUACUAGUGGAGCAAUGACUGAUGAGACCAAAGUCCAAAGAAGUCCAGUCGGAGAGAGCAGCGCUGCUGAGGAAGAGAUGGAUCCGUGAUCCGGCUCAUCUGAGACGGACGAAGAAGAUGGGGACCAAGUGAGAUUUGCAACUUUUUGAUCAUUAACUAACUAUUGUGCCCGGAAGUUGCCCAUUAUAUUUGUCUCGUACCGAGGUUUGACGGUUUGACCUGAAUAAGUGCUUAUUAUACGUGCCACGUAUAAACUUUCCCGUCCGGGAAAGGUCAUGAAAAUGACUUGCAUCCAACAUGUGCUUACUCUAUUAGAAACCGAGGUUUGACGGUUUGACCUGAAUAAGUGCACUUUCCCGUCCCAUAAAGGUAAUGAAAAUGACUUGCAUCCAACAUGUGCCUUAUCUAUUAGAAACCAUCAUCUCUGUUUCUUCUCGAUCUCAAACAGUACCUUUGAGAGUUUGUGGCUUUAAUCUUUGCUCUUCAUGGGCAAUUUUCUCUGGGUUGUGUGGAGAAAUGUUUACUGCAUUAA